UUUUUUUUUACCCCCCCCGUGCGUUAAUUAUUUUAGCCCCUCUCCCCUUUCGAUGUGCGGCUUUGGACAUGCGGAGGCUACUGCAACCGUGUUGGUGGAUCUUUUUCUUGAAAAUCACCAGCUCCGUGCUCCAUGAUGUGGUGUGCUUCCCCGCUCUGACUGAAGGUUAUGUUGGCUCUCUGCAUGAAAACAGACAUGGUAGUUCUGUGCAGAUACGGAGGCGAAAGGCUUCAGGGGAUCCUUACUGGGCAUACUCGGGUACCUAUGGUCCCGAGCACUGGGUUACUUCCAGCGAGAAGUGCGGAGGGUCUCACCAGUCUCCCAUAGACAUCGUAGACCAUCAGGCCCGUGUUGGAGAUGAGUAUCAAGAACUGCAGCUUGAUGGUUUUGACAAUGAAUCUUCAAACAAGACUUGGAUGAAAAACACAGGAAAAACGGUUGCUAUCCUGCUGAAGGACGAUUAUUUUGUCAGUGGUGCCGGGUUGCCGGGCAGAUUCAAGGCAGAGAAAGUGGAGUUUCACUGGGGUCAAAGCAACGGAUCAGCUGGCUCUGAGCACAGUAUCAAUGGCAAGAGGUUCCCCGUUGAGAUGCAGAUUUACUUCUACAAUCCUGAUGACUUUGACAGUUUUGGAACAGCAGUUCUAGAAAACAGGGUAGUAGGAGCCAUGGCCGUGUUUUUUCAAGUCAAUCAGAGGGACAAUCCAGCACUGGAUCCCAUUAUCCAUGGGUUGAAGGGCGUCGUACAUCACGAGAAGGAGACCUUUCUGGAUCCCUUUGUGCUGAGGGACCUUCUGCCGACAUCGCUGGGGAGUUAUUACCGCUACGCAGGUUCUCUGACUACUCCUCCAUGUAGCGAGAUCGUGGAGUGGAUCGUUUUUCGGAAGCCUGUUCCCAUUUCUUAUCAUCAGCUGGAGGCAUUCUACUCCAUAUUCACCACUGAACAGCAAGACCACGUCAAGUCCGUGGAGUACCUGAGAAAUAACUUCCGACCACAGCAAAGCCUGAACAACAGGAAUGUGUCUAAGUCUGCCGUGAAGGAUGCUUGGAGCCAAGAUAUGACAGACAUCUUGGAAAAUCCACUCGGCACAGAAGCUUCCAAAGCUUGCAGCACUCCGCCAGUCAACAUGAAAGUGCAGCCUGUGAACAGGACAGCGUUACUUGUAACCUGGAACCAACCAGAAACCAUCUACCACCCUCCGAUCAUGAACUACAUGAUCUCAUAUAGCUGGACUAAAAACGAAGAUGAAAAGGAGAAGACUUUCACCAAGGACAGUGACAAGGACCUGAAGGCCAUCAUUAGCCAUGUCUCACCUGACAUCCUUUAUCUGUUCAGAGUUCAAGCAGUUUGCCGAAAUGAAAUGCGUAGUGACUUUAGCCAGACUAUGCUCUUUCAAGCUAACACUACUCGAAUUUUCGAGGGGACCAGAAUUGUGAAAACAGGAGUGCCCACAGCAUCUCCUGCCUCCUCAGCUGACAUGGCUCCCAUCAGCUCCGGCUCCUCCACCUGGACCUCCUCGGGGCUCCCCUUCUCCUUCGUGUCCAUGGCCACAGGGAUGGGGCCUUCCUCCAGCGGCAGCCAGGCCACCGUGGCCUCAGUGGUGACCAGCACCUUGCUGGCAGGGCUGGGCUUCAGCGGUGGUGGCAUCUCCUCCUUCCCCAGCAGCGUGUGGCCCACCCGGCUCCCCGCGGCGGCCGCCCCCAGCAAGCAGGCGGGACGGUCAGUGGUGGCUGCCACCGAGGCCGCUGCUGCCGCCUCCCCAGGGCCAGAGCGGGACUCGGCGCUGACAAAGGACAGGGAGGGAGCCGAGGAGGGGGAGAAGGAUGAAAAGAGUGAAAGCGAGGAUGGGGAGCGGGAGCAUGAGGAAGAGGAAGAAAAGGAUGCCGAGAAGAAGGAGAAAAACAAGGCGACGGCGGCCACGGAGGCGCGCAAUAGCACAGAGCCCAACAUGGCCACGGCUUCCCCCAACCGGACUGCCGAGGAGGAAGGAAAUAAAACCAUAUCGGGUGAAGAGCCAAACCAAAACGUUGCCCCCACGGCUGGAGGUCCCCAGGAGGAGAGCUUUGCCGAAGCAGACACGCAGCCCCAGCCGCUCCCUUCCACCCAAGUGCCACCAGCGUUCACCGACGAACUUUACCUGGGGAAGAUCCCAAGACGACCAGAGACAACAAGAAAACCUCCUCCAAAGGAGGACAGGUUUCCAGAGGAAUACCCCUCAGAUAACAAAUUCAUCACCAUUAACCCAGCUGACAAGAACAGCUCCAGCAUGGCCACGAGACCUUCUCCUGGUAAAAUGGAAUGGAUCAUCCCGCUUAUUGUGGUCUCAGCACUGACCUUCGUGUGCCUCAUUCUUCUCAUUGCUGUGCUUGUCUACUGGAGGGGACGGAAAAGGAUCCAGCCCGGCCGUUCGCAAGUGUGGUGGGGCACCGGGUUUUUCUCUGUGGAUGAAGGGCUGAGAAAGUGUUUUCAGACUGCCCAUUUCUAUGUGGAGGACAGCAGUUCCCCCCGUGUGGUCCCCAAUGAAAGUAUUCCCAUUAUACCUAUUCCAGAUGAUAUGGAAGCAAUUCCAGUCAAGCAGUUCGUUAAACACAUCAGUGAGCUGUAUUCUAAUAACCAGCAUGGGUUCUCAGAAGACUUUGAGGAAGUGCAGCGCUGUACGGCUGACAUGAACAUCACUGCAGAGCAUUCCAACCACCCCGACAACAAGCACAAGAACAGAUACAUCAACAUCCUAGCCUAUGAUCACAGCAGGGUGAAGCUAAGGCCUUUACCGGGAAAAGAUUCUAAGCACAGUGACUACAUUAAUGCUAAUUAUGUCGAUGGUUACAACAAAGCAAAAGCCUACAUUGCUACCCAGGGACCUUUAAAGUCUACCUUUGAAGAUUUCUGGAGGAUGAUUUGGGAACAAAAUACUGGAAUCAUUGUCAUGAUCACAAACCUUGUUGAAAAAGGAAGAAGAAAAUGCGAUCAGUACUGGCCGUCAGAGAACAGCGAGGAGUAUGGCAACAUAAUCGUCACGCUGAAGAGCACAAACAUUCAUGCCUGCUACACGGUGCGCCGCUUCACAGUCAGGAACACAAAGAUGAAAAAGGGUCAGAAAGGAAACCCCAAAGGGCGGCAGAACGAGAGAACGGUUAUUCAGUAUCACUACACUCAGUGGCCUGACAUGGGUGUGCCAGAGUACGCUCUGCCUGUGCUAACCUUCGUUAGGAGAUCCUCCGCAGCCAGAACCCCGGACAUGGGACCAGUGGUGGUGCACUGCAGUGCUGGUGUUGGCAGAACUGGUACUUACAUUGUGAUAGACGGUAUGCUGCAACAGAUAAAAGACAAAAGCACAGUUAAUGUCCUGGGUUUCCUGAAACAUAUCAGGACACAGCGCAACUACCUCGUCCAGACAGAGGAGCAGUACAUUUUUAUUCACGAUGCCUUGUUGGAAGCCAUCCUUGGGAAGGAGACUGAAGUAUCUGCAAACCAGCUGCAUAGUUACGUUAACAGCAUCCUCAUACCUGGCAUAGGAGGGAAGACACGACUAGAAAAACAGUUCAAGCUGGUUACACAGUGUAAUGCAAAAUACGUGGAAUGCUUCAGCGCUCAGAAAGACUGCAACAAAGAGAAGAACAGGAACUCAUCAGUCGUGCCGUCUGAGCGUGCUAGAGUGGGCUUGGCACCGCUGCCUGGAAUGAAGGGAACAGAUUACAUUAAUGCCUCUUAUAUCAUGGGCUACUACAGGAGUAACGAGUUCAUUAUAACCCAACAUCCGCUGCCACAUACGACUAAAGAUUUCUGGCGAAUGAUCUGGGAUCACAAUGCACAGAUCAUCGUCAUGCUGCCGGACAACCAGAGCCUGGCAGAAGAUGAGUUUGUGUACUGGCCAAGUCGCGAGGAAUCCAUGAACUGUGAGGCCUUUACUGUGACCCUUAUCAGCAAAGACAGACUGUGCCUCUCUAACGAAGAGCAAAUUAUCAUCCAUGACUUUAUCCUUGAAGCUACCCAGGAUGACUACGUUCUGGAAGUCCGCCACUUUCAGUGUCCUAAAUGGCCAAACCCAGAUGCUCCCAUAAGCAGUACCUUUGAACUUAUCAAUGUAAUCAAGGAAGAGGCCUUAACAAGGGAUGGCCCCACCAUAGUUCAUGAUGAGUAUGGAGCUGUGUCAGCGGGAACGCUAUGUGCCCUUACCACUCUGUCCCAGCAGCUGGAGAAUGAAAAUGCUGUCGAUGUUUUCCAGGUGGCAAAGAUGAUAAACCUUAUGCGGCCUGGAGUAUUUACAGACAUUGAACAGUACCAGUUUCUUUAUAAGGCAAUGCUAAGCUUGGUCAGUACUAAGGAAAAUGGAAAUGGUCCCAUGACACUGGACAAAAAUGGUGCUGUGAUGGCCAGUGACGAAUCUGAUCCCGCAGAAAGCAUGGAGUCUCUUGUCUAAUUGGAAACCUGAAAAGGCACUUAAUUUGUAGAACUUCUGAAGACUGAGUGAACUUUUUUGAGGCCUUUUUUGCCAGACUCUAGGUUAUACAAUAACCCAAUUACUUUUUUACACUGAUAAAAGUUUUGAUAUUUAUUUUUUGCCAUUUUAUGUCUUAAUGGUAUCCUACUGAGCAUUUGCACCUCUGUUUAUUUCACACAGUGAAACGCAAUUUUAUCUAGUUUGCACUAUAUGAUCAGUGUUACUGCCUAUAAUAUUCUAAUACAAGACAAGCCCUGAUGUGACAUUCCAUGACAACAAACAUACGCUUUUUCUGUUUUGUUUAAAUGCAGUGAAGUUUUGCUAACUACAGUGACCCUCGAAUCUUAAAUCUUGAAUGCUAGGCCAGAUGGAUUCUUUCUACAACAGAUACUGUACCCCUCAUACCAUAUUUAUUAUUUUAAUGAUCAUGUCAUGGUUUUGGUAAUGGUAUUCUGCAUUCCAGUGGAGUGGAUGAGCAGUGUUCAUCCUUUCUUGACAAAACGUGGCAGGUGAUUAUUAGCUACAGCGAAGGUGUAAUAGCCUUGUGGAGCUGAAACAAUUAUUUCUGUAUUGUUUCAAAUUGCUGUUUUGUACACUUACAAAGGCCUAAAACUUGCUUCACGUGGAAUAUAUAAAUUACAUACAAUAUAAUUAUAAAUUAGAUGCAAUUCAUAUGUGGGACGCAGUGAUAGGUUUUGAAUUUACAAUUUCCAAGUUUCCCCAUGUAUUCAGAAAAAUGUUGAUUUUAGUUUUCAACCAGCCCUAUGAUGGGAAGGUAUUUUGGUUUUAUUCUCAUCAGAGCCAAUACAGUGAGAAAUCUACUACAACCCCAAAUCAGACCUGUUUUCAGAUAUAUUGAAGGUAGCAAUAUUUUACAUUACUAAGCUAUUCAAUAUUUUAAACACAUUAAUUUCCUUACUAUUUCUUCAAUAUGACCUCACACCUAAUGGUAUGUUACAUGGUGACAGGCGUUUCUUAAUUUCAUAACUGUUAGAUGCCAUUUUUACAGGUGUGUAAUUUUCAUACUUUAGUGCUAAAACAUAAAGUACUGAUCCAUAUUUACUGGUGAAGCAAACUAAUAAAAAAACUACCUAUAAAGUUA